UUUAUCCCGCCUCCUCGCUUUCGGCAUUGGCAGACUCCGCCCCUCCAAAGCUCCGAUUGGCUGUCUGAAAUAACUUUCUCCUUCUAUUGGUCUAUGGUUCCGUACUGCUGUGUAACGUCAUCCGUUUGGGCGUUCUACGCAAGCCCCGCCCCCUUGAGUCAUUGGUGCCUGAGCUACGUUACUCUUAACCAGUCUGAUUGGCUAGCCCGCCAAUCAUUCAUAUUUGAAUAUACCCAAGGAACCCGUGGCCUUAGUCCUUCAGGUGGAAUAGUGUGCGACAUGGGAAAGAAAACCAAGAGGACAGCUGACAGUUCUUCUUCAGAGGAUGAGGAGGAGUAUGUUGUGGAGAAGGUGUUAGACAGGCGUGUGGUUAAGGGCCAAGUGGAGUAUCUGCUGAAGUGGAAAGGCUUUUCUGAGGAGCACAAUACUUGGGAACCAGAGAAAAAUUUGGAUUGUCCUGAGCUAAUUUCUGAGUUUAUGAAAAAGUAUAAGAAGAUGAAGGAGGGUGAGAAUAACAAACCCAGGGAGAAGUCAGAAAGUAACAAGAGGAAAUCCAAUUUUUCAAACAGUGCUGAUGAUAUCAAAUCAAAAAAAAAGAGAGAGCAGAGCAAUGAUAUUGCUCGGGGCUUUGAGAGAGGACUGGAACCAGAAAAGAUCAUUGGGGCGACAGAUUCCUGUGGUGAUUUAAUGUUCCUAAUGAAAUGGAAAGACACAGAUGAAGCCGACUUGGUUCUUGCAAAAGAAGCUAAUGUGAAAUGUCCACAAAUUGUGAUAGCAUUUUAUGAAGAGAGACUGACGUGGCAUGCAUAUCCUGAGGAUGCGGAAAACAAAGAGAAAGAAACCGCAAAGAGCUAAAGGACGGGUGGUCUCUGUCAUUUCUCUUUGUACAUAAUACAUUCGCCUCCCUGCCUUUCCCUUCUGCCCACCCUCUUCUAUCCUAAACACAUCCAUAAAAAAAAAAAAAAAUGUGCUUAUCACUGUGCUCCACAGGAGAAAUGUUGGUAUUGGUUCUCUUGUAACAUAACUGAUGGUCUGAUUCAUGAUAAGUGUCUUUCUGUGAAGACCAGGCAUUUACAUACUGUGUGUAAUUCCCACAAGUUUUUCCUUUGCCCUUAUCUCUUCCUUCUGCUCCCCUGUGACCUCAAGAUAAGUUUUAACUUUUUAAUCACCUUAAGAGUCUUGAUCUUUUCAGGGUUGGUUGCUUUUUAGAUUGGGGGAUUUUAUUACAAUGAUGAUGAAUUUUGGUUUCUUGCUUUGUUUCUCAGAAUAUGUUGAUGACCAGCUGGCCUUUAUUUUAACAUGUUGGGAUGGAAAGAAUAUUGCCCAUCUUUUAAAAAGCCAAUAGCAACUGCCUACCUGUUGGGGCUUUCCCAACUUCUUUAGCUCUACCCAGGAGAAUCCAGGGUCCCUGAUGUGGUCUUCUUCUGGGCUACCCUCUGUUGUUCAUCCUCACCCAUCCUCCCAGAAUAACUCCGUCCUUUGGAGGACUUGAAAUUUUAUGUUGAAAUUUAUCAAGGCCCUCCUUUUAGCCCUAGGAUUUUUGGCCUUGUUCUUAGUAAUCCCUGAUUCUCCUUCUGUAAGUUUGUCAUAAAAUGACAAGAUUAUUAACUAUGGGACAAGAGGAUAUGGGGUAGGGGCAAGAAACAGUUGUCUUUAUCAUGUAUGAUGUGUACGUAUUCUUUCCUUCCAUCCCUUAUAUUUAGACUGUAUUUAUGUAGGUGUGAGUGAUUGCCUGGUGCUUGCUUGUGCCAAGGUGCUAGGCACCCUCCAACCCUGCCAACUUUUGUGGCCUCCCAAAGCAUUCCUGUUACCAAAGAGGCUUCAAACCUGACUCUCUCUUCUCAAUGGACCUAUGUUGCCCUUCCAUGUCAUUAUUUUCAGUGGGGAAUUAUUGGAGGGGAGCCAUUGGCCACAGUAUCAAUUUUAAAUUUUCAUUAACAAUUAUAUAUACGUUUCCUGCUUUUUUUGACUCCUGGAUUUGCCAACAGAGUCCACAAAGUAUUAAUGUUCUUCUCCUUUUCCACCCUCAAAUUUUAUUUGAAUCUUAUUUUUUAAAACCCAUUUUCAUGGAAAACUAUCACCUCAGAAAGUGGCAGGUCCUUGCAUUAGCAUGUCGACACAACCUUUACUCCCUACUCAGCCAAAUAGUUCCCUUUUGGUUUCUUCUUGCUUUGCUAAUUGAGAGAUUUUUUUAUGAUAAUAUCCUUCUGCCUUUGUCCCCCAAACAAUGCCCUACUUCCCUUUAUCCUUUUCUUGUAAUUGAGAGGGCUAGAGAAUCAGGACUAAACAUAAGGAAGUAGCAGGGUUUGAGCAUCCUUGUCCCAGCCUCAAAGCUGAGGAAAUAAGAAUAAAUGCUUGAAGUAGCCUUAAUUCUAGAGUUUGCCAGCCAUUGAGGCUGUUUUUGUUGUUUUUGAUUUUUAAAACAUAUAGCUGUCUGGCCAGGAGCAUUCAGCCAUUGCUAGAUUAUUCAUARUAAUGAGGGGAAUGGUGGAUUGCUCCAGUCCACAGAUGAGCCAAAUAAUAUGCAAAUCAUAUACCCAUUCAUAGCAUUUGUUACAUUGCUUCCCUGCUCAGCUGCUGAUUGAAUUCUGUAUGUUGUAUAAAUUAUGUCAAAAAUUAUACUGCACAGUUGAGAAGACAGCUGUUGCUGCAGUGACAGGACAGACUGGAACAAUGGAGCUUUUGGUUUAAGUCAGCCAGGAAAAUCUUUUUGAAUGGUAAUGUGAUUGGGGGGAGAGCUCAUAACCCAUUCCUUUCGUGGGUAGGAGUUUUUAUCUCCAUAUUUCUUUGCUCUAUGAAGGAUUUAAAGGCCGGAUCAAGUGGUAGAUCAUUGACAGUCAUUUGUAUUUAAUCUGAUGGGCAUCAGCAAGAAAAGAAGGAUGGUCAGAAAACACAUUUUUCGUACAAGUAACACAGGAUAUCAGGGUAGGUAAGAAUAGGGCAAAAGAUGUCCAGAGCUCCUGAGAAGGGGAUCACCCAGAUCACUUUGACUGACUGCUGGAGAAAAUGCUAACCUACCUAAGUAACCAGUGCAUGCCUCCCAGUGAUAGUGGUUAUGUGAACUGCAAUGACCAUGUUUUUAAAAUCAAAUCUAGCACAUGGACAAGGAAAACAGCAAUAUUUGGUACUGAGAUUAGUCCUUGAAACCAGGUACACGAUGUUUUGCUGUGGCUAUAGGUAAUGUUGAAAACAUUUAUCAAAGUCUGAAUUUCCUUUACCAAAAUGACCCUAGUGUCAUCUGUUACUCAUCACCCCUUUUAAUUCUCUUCAUUUCAUCUUUUUCUGUCUUCAGUUUAUAGAAUCAUGGUUUUCUGAGUUACCAUCAAAACAACUUUUGUUCUCUCCUUGCUACUCACAGCUGGUUGUGUGGAAUGUAGGGAACCAGAGCACCAAUACUAAUUUCAGCCCUUAGCACAAAGGAAACCAGAUGCCUGCCAGUGCCUCCAGCAUUUGUUGGUGCUGGGUAGUUGUUCUCUCCAUUGGAGAAUUGCAGCCUCAAACAAAUCUGUUUCAUGGAACUUUCUCCUCUCUGAGGAGUUUGUAGCCAGGGGUGCUCACCACUGAGCUACAUCCCUAGAUCUUCUUAUUUUAUUUUGAGAUAGGGUCUUGCCAAGUUGCC